AUUCUUCUUCUUCUUCUUCUUUCUUCUUCUCCUCCUCAUUUUCCUCUCUCACAGAUUCUACUUGUUCAUUCUUAAUGCCCAUGAAUGCUUCUUCUUCUUCUUUUAACACCACCCUCUUUAUUCCUUAUAGUGCUAGAUCUCUACUCCGUGGUUUACUGAAAGAGUCAAACCCCAUCCACAUGCUCACAACUCGUGGGAUUUCAUCAAUUUAAGACCUUCUCUUCUCUAACUGAAUUUCCUCCCAUAUUCUGUGUUUGUGAUUUGAUUAACUAAACUUGGGGAAUCUGUGUUGCCCUGUUGCUAGAUUUGGCUUUGGAAUAAAAAGCCAGAAUCUUGUGGAUUCUUUGUAGCUAGAAGUGAAGAGUUGAAGUUGGUUUGGUGUUGGAUAAGGUAGCAUAUGUUGGAUAGUUCUCACACCCACCACAGUGUUUUCAAUCAAUCAAUCCUGCCUGAGUUUGGAGGUGGUGGGUUUGCUCUUCCAUGUUUGGAUUUAUUUAUUUUAAUGUUGGGUUAAGUUAGACAGCUCCUGUAGAUUUUGUUAGCUGGUCUCUGACUCUUACUCUGUUUCAUUAAUUCCCCAUUAGAGUCACUUCAUCACCAUCUUGGCACUGUUUCUAGCUAACUUGGGUUUGGGGGUGGUCCUGUGGAUGAGUUUGUUUCAUGUAUUCGGGUUUGGGUUAAAAGUGGGGCAUCUGCUUUGGAUGCUAUGUUGCUGGAUUGUGUCUGUGAUUUCCAUGAAUUGGUACCUUAAUGGUGUGACUAUGGACACCAAGAGUAGUAGUACUAGUUUGCUUGGUGAUGGCGCCAGGACGUGUCUCAAGUUGUGUGAGAAGAUCCCAUUGAACAUUGCUAAGAUCCGACACCAUUAUUACCAGUAUAUCGGGUCGAAAGGAGUUCGGAAGAUAUGGUGGAAGAGGCUCUUGAUUUCUUGGGUGGUUGGCUGGACUGUUGUCAGCUUGUGUAUCUUCUGGUACAUGAGCUCAGUGGCUAGUGAGAAGAGGAAGGAGACUCUUACGAGUAUGUGUGAUGAGAGAGCAAGGAUGUUGCAGGAUCAGUUCAAUGUGAGCAUGAACCAUAUUCAGGCCAUGUCCAUUCUGAUAUCCACAUUCCAUCACGGCAAGAAUCCGUCUGCAAUUGAUCAGAAAACUUUUGCAAGGUACACUGACAGAACUGCUUUCGAGAGACCUCUUACAAGUGGUGUGGCAUAUGCUGUAAGAGUACUCCACUCAGAAAAAGAACAAUUUGAGAAGCAGCAAGGCUGGACUAUCAAGAGCAUGGAUACCCUCGAGCAAAACCAAGUCCAUAAGAAUGACUACACCCCAGGACUGCUGGAGCCAUCCCCAAUUGAGGAAGAAUAUGCUCCUGUCAUAUUUGCUCAGGAUACAGUUGCACAUGUCAUUUCUUUCGAUAUGCUCUCUGGGAAGGAAGAUCGAGGUAAUGUGUUGCGUGCAAGGGAAUCAGGAAAGGGAGUCUUGACUGCUCCAUUUCGGCUGCUUAAAACUAAUAGCCUUGGAGUAAUACUGACGUUUGCGGUCUACAAGAGAGAACUACCUUCAAAUGCAACUCCAAAUGAAAGAAUUCAAGCAACCGAUGGGUAUCUAGGCGGGAUUUUUCAUAUCGAGUCACUUGUGGAGAAGUUACUCCAACAACUUGCAAGCAAGCAAACUAUCCUUGUCAAUGUGUAUGAUACUACCAAUCAUUCACAUCCAAUCAGCAUGUAUGGCUCAAAUGUUUCAGAUGAUGGAUUGCGGCAUAUUAGCACCUUAAAUUUUGGCGAUCCUUUAAGGAAGCACGAAAUGCACUGCAGAUUCAAACAUAAGCCACCAUGGCCGUGGUUAGCCAUCACAACUUCAAUUGGGAUCCUUGUGAUUGCGUUGCUUGUUGGGCAUAUUUUUCAUGCAACUAUAAAUAGGAUUGCCAAAGUGGAAGAUGAUUUCCAUAAAAUGAGUGAUCUCAAGAAACAGGCCGAGGCAGCUGAUAUUGCCAAGUCUCAGUUCCUAGCAACUGUUUCACAUGAGAUCAGAACCCCAAUGAAUGGUGUCCUAGGAAUGUUGCACAUGCUUAUGGACACAGAUUUAGAUGUAACUCAACAAGAUUAUGUCAGAACUGCCCAAGGUAGUGGGAAAGCCCUAGUCUCACUUAUAAAUGAGGUCUUGGACCAGGCAAAAAUUGAAUCUGGUAAGCUGGAGCUUGAGGCAGUGCGUUUUGAUCUGCGUGCAAUUUUGGAUGAUGUUCUGUCUCUGUUUUCUGGGAAGUCUCAAGAAAAAGGAGUGGAGCUGGGAGUAUACAUCUCAGAUCAGGUUCCUGACAUGCUUAUUGGUGACCCUGGAAGGUUUCGGCAAAUUAUCACCAAUCUCAUGGGGAACUCGAUCAAAUUCACAGAGAAAGGACACAUCUUUGUCACCGUGCAUCUGGUUGAGGAGUUGAUCGACUCGAUUGAUGUUGAGACUGAAUCAUCAUCGAAAAACACUUUGAGUGGGUUUCCGGUUGCAGAUAAACACCGCAGCUGGGGAGGAUUUAGGAGUUUCAGUGAAGAGGGAUCUGCAAGCUCAUUCUCAUCAUCGUCUGAUGCCAUCAAUCUUAUUGUGUCUGUUGAGGACACAGGGGUUGGAAUCCCUCUAGAAGCCCAAUCUCGUGUUUUCACUCCUUUUAUGCAGGUGGGACCAUCUAUCUCACGGACACAUGGUGGCACAGGAAUUGGGCUAAGCAUAAGCAAGUGUUUAGUUGGCCUCAUGAGAGGGGAGAUCGGUUUUGUGAGCAUUCCCAAGAUUGGUUCCACAUUUACAUUUACCGCUGUUUUCACCAAAGCCCGCUGUGAUUCAAAUGAAUUUAAGAUCCAGCAAAUCAACAACCAAGCAAAUGCUGCAUCCUCAGAAUUUCAUGGCAUGACGGCAUUGGUCGUGGAUCACAGACCUGUGAGGGCCAAGAUGUCAAGAUAUCAUAUCCAGAGGCUUGGAAUUCGUGUUGAAGUGGCUUCUGAGUUGCAUCAGGGUUUGUCUUGCAUAAGCUCCGGAAAUACAACUAUAAAUAUGGUCCUUGUUGAACAGGAGGUUUGGGAUAACGACUCCGGCAGUUCUGCUCUCUUUAUCGAUAACUUGAAGAAACUGAAUCGUGAGGUUCCUCCUAAGGUGUUCCUUCUUGCCAAUUCCAUUAGCAGUUGCAGAACGAGCUUUGUGAAUUCAGGUGUCUGUACGCCAACAAUUAUCAUGAAGCCUCUCAGGGCAAGUAUGCUUGCUGCGUCACUACAAAGAGCCAUGGGUAUUGGUAACAAGGGUAAUACACGGAAUGGCGAGCUCCCAAGCUUAUCCCUACGCAAUCUUCUACUUGGAAGAAAAAUUCUUAUUGUGGAUGAUAAUAAAGUGAACCUCAUAGUAGCUGCUGGUGCUUUGAAAAAGUAUGGGGCUACAGUGAAGAGUGCAGACAGUGGUAAGGAGGCAAUCUCACUGCUCACACCGCCCCAUAGUUUUGACGCCUGCUUCAUGGAUAUCCAGAUGCCGGAAAUGGAUGGUUUUGAAGCUACAAGGAGAAUACGUGACAUAGAACGCAAUGUCAGCAAUCGUAUUCAACAUGGGGAGGUUUCUGCGGAGGACUAUGACAAUAUCUUAACAUGGCAUGUACCCAUUCUGGCCAUGACUGCAGAUGUUAUUCAGGCCACCCAUGAGGAAUGCACCAAGUGUGGAAUGGACGGAUAUGUUUCCAAACCAUUUGAAGCUGAACAGCUUUAUCGAGAAGUUUCACGUUUUCUCCAAUCUCCUGCAAAAGGUACUAUGUAGAGAGGGGUUCAAUCGAUGAGGACUUGCUGAUGGCAUUGGCUCGUGCACCUCUUCCACAGGACACUGUAAAUGGAUUCAGAGUUUUUGCAGUAGUAAGUUCCUUAUCGAUUACUAUAAAAGUUAGUUUCAUAUAUGAUAAAGAAAUAGAAGAGAAAAGUGGGAAGACAAUCCACGUGAUGUCAGGAACUGACAACAUUGUUUACUUUUUGCAGGAUAGCGUUUCCUUAGUAGCAGAGAGUGUAUAGAGGAGCCCUGCUUGAUUAGUUGGGAUUUGAGGUUUUUCUUUUCACAUAUCCCCUUGCCAGAUUUCAAAGCUGGUUCAUUUUUUCAAGUAAAGUUGAUUGAUCUCCAGUACUUCACUGAAGUUGGUUAGUUACCUCGAAUCUUAAGUUCCAGAAAUCCUUAAAUACAAGCCUUGUGUGUAGCGAGUAGGAAGCACUGGGUUUGCAUAUUCCCUGGGAAUGUAAUAACAGAAGUUGCAGUGAUUGAAGAUAUAUCACACCCCUUUCUCAGUAUCAGUGUAUGUAUAGAUUGAUUGAUUGGGCAAUCCAGUGUAUAUUACCAAGUUAAUAAAGAUGUUUAAUCAGCUCGUUAAGAGGGUUUUCCUCCCUAUCAGUUACUAAAGUUUGAUUCUGUGUAGACUUUUGAUGUAAAGUUUGAUUCAUUGUAGAACUGGUGUAGCUAUACAACAACGUUGAUAAUUUGUAAAACCUCAUCAUUCUGAUGAACUUUGUACUGCUCCAAGAAUCAUUUUUUGCUAUUACCUCAAGAAAGAAAAAAGAAAAAAAAAAGAAAGAGAGACAAUGUCUCUUGUCUAAUGC